GACAGUUACCAAGAAGAGGAUUUGGAAAGAAUGCGGGAACAGUGGCUGGCGACACUCACUCAGCGCCAGGAGUAUCUAGACCAGCAGUUGCAGAAAAUCGUGUCCAAACAAGAUAAGUCAGAAGAUGAUCUAGAAAGGGAGUCUCAGCUGCUGGAGUGCCGCCUGACACUCACCGAAGAACGCAAUGCCGUUUUGGUGCCGUCAGCUGGCAGUGGCAUUCCUGGAGCACCAGUUGAAAGAGUUCCUGUACCAGGAAUGGAAACACACAUUCCUGUCCUGUUUCUGGAUCUCAGUGCUGAUGAUUUCCAGUCGAACCUUUCUGCCCCUCUCGCCGGGGGUGUCGAUGCAUAUCUUGCUGGGGAAUAUGAAGAUGACUUCUUUGACCUUCACGUUGUCAAACACGACGAUUCAGAAGUAAAGGUGGAGGCAUCCUGGGAUUCAACAGUACACGAUUGCCCUGAGCUCAGCCGUGUGGCAUCUGGUGAGCAGAGGGUCUACCUCACGAUCCGUGUCGUGGUUGAGUUGAGCCACCCUGCCCACAUGCAGCUGAUUCUGAGGAAACGCAUUUGUGUCAACGUCACUGGGAAAAAGGGUUUUGCUCAGAGCCUUCUGAAGAGGAUGUCCCAGCGCAGCACCAUCCCAGGAUGUGGCGUCACCUUUGAAAUUGUCUCAAACAUACCAGGGGAUUUCCAUGGGCCAGAAGACCGAGAGAUGCUGGCCCGAUUAGCCGCUAGCGCAGAUGAUGACCAGUCAGGCGACAGUGAGGCAGCUAUCGAGAAAUACCUGCGUAGCGUCCUGGCUGUGGAGAACAUCCUCACUCUCGACAGACUGCGACAGGAGGUAACCGUGAGGGAGCAACUAGCACUCAGAGGGAAAGUUCCCAGACGCUGCCUCAGCUCGCCAAACGUCAACCGGCUCUCAGUCGGCAAUCUGGAUGUGUUCGCUUCAACUCAUAAACUCGGUGACUUCAAGGGUUGGGAGAGUCACCAGGACCUCUCCGCUGCUUCUGCUCAGUCCAGGCGCACAUUGCCCAGCUCCAUAUCGCACAGCCUGACCCCAGACAAAGUGAAGCCCGUUCCUAAUCUCCUGAAGUCAUUGAUUUCUGGUGGAAAAGAAGAUAGUGGAGAACAGGCGACUGUCCAUCAACAGGUUGGCUGUCCUGAGCCCCAGCAGGACAGGAUAGAUGUGUUUGACCUACUCUCUACUGUCCAUAAUGUGCCUCGUAUCAUGGUGCAGUCAGCCAGUGUUGAAGAGGGAAUGAACACACGUCGGCAAGUUCCUACUGAGGAAAUCAGCCCUCCUGCCAUCCACCAGGAGAGUCCCAGAUUAGUGCCUCUCCCCCCACCAAUCAUCCCAGAGACAGAAGACUCCACCCAGAGCUCCAUGAGCGAAGCGUCAAGUGGUUACAUUUCAACGAGUAUCUCCACAGCGACGCUCUCUGACGUCUACACGCUGAGCUGGGACCAUCCUCCGUCGUCAGGCCAAAAAGCUGAUAGCUACGAGGCCGUGACAGAUGAAGAAGAAAAUAAAGUGAUACAGAGACUUUCCUUGCAAUCUGACAGUGGCUCUGGAUCUGAACCUCAAGAGUUUUUCCAGGCAGCUACGGAGGACACCAACCUACCGCAGUCCAAACCAAAUCACAAUUCAUCUGAUUUAAAUCAACAGAAACCAAAUCCAUCUCUUGUCCAUGAAGUCAAAGCUCCGUCUCUAUGCGUAGACUCCAACAUUCCACCAACAGUGCAUUUAGAACACCGCUCGAUGGAAUCGGCACAAUCAGACGGUGAGCUGUCACUCACAAAUUCAUUUAUAGUCCAAGUGCAACAACCAACAGACUCAAAACCAAAGACCUCUGUGACAGGAACAGUUCAAAUGAAUACGAAAGAAUCAACUAAAGCAAUUCAAGAAGUGUUAAAGAAGAACGAACAAUCCAAAUUGGAAGAGCCUGCCCAAAUGGCCUCUGAACCAUCUAUAGUCCCGCUGGGGGAUUCUGAUCCACUAGCUUGUCCUCAGGAAAAAUCCUCUUUGAAGAACACCAGUGCUUUUGCCAUCUCAACACCCAGCAAUAAAGUCCACCUAGAAAACCUUGAUGCCUCAGCAGAACCCAACGUGCAACCCUCCGAAUCUGCAGCAGCAGUCAAGCCUUUCAAGAUCCAGAAAGUCCAGUCGUCUGACCUCAAGUCCUUCCAACGGAUACUCGGUGACUCGGAGGGGGAGCCUGUUCAGACCGACACCUGCACCUCUACAAAAUCGGACUCUAAUCUGGCAGAGCCCUUGGAGCUCAUUUUAGAUUGCGAGGAAGGCGAGGCAGCUUCCGCGGUCAUUCUACCCGAUUGGAUAAAAGAAGGGGAAUUUGUCACUGUAGGGACCAAUAAAAGAGGCAUCGUGCGCUACGUGGGACCCACAGACUUUGCUGAGGGCAUGUGGGUGGGAGUGGAACUUGAGGUACCUGCAGGAAAGAAUGACGGCUCCGUAGGCGGGAAGCACUACUUCCACUGUAAUCCAGGUUACGGAGUGCUCGUCCGGCCGGACAGGGUGACCCGGGGUGGCGGCAAACGCAGACGACAGCAACAGAAGCGCCGCAGCGCCAACUUGUCAGGAUCAGCGCCAAACCUGGCGACGCUCACUGCUCUGGCUAAAGGUGCAUCAUCGUCUCGCAAUAUUGCAGAAGACCAUCAAAAUUCUUGACAGGAGAGAAUGGGAAGAUGUGCAGAUUUGGCUUGGAAGUGUUUUCUACAUCACGUAUUUGAUGUUAAAUGUCUUUCUAUGUGUGGAGAUAUGACCCAUUUCUCCCAGUUUUCAUUCAAUCCUGGAUGUGUUCACUUGAACACUUUGUAAUGCUACAUGCCAAGUAAGUAACUGUUUUUGCAUUAACAGUUGUAUACUGAAUUUAGAAUCUUAAGGUGGCUUCAUGGAAAAGGUUUGUUGCUUUAGGGUUAUGUUUUCUAUAAUUACUUUUAAGCAUUUUUAAUGGGUUUUUUUUUUGUACUGAUCUUUGUGUGCCUUGAUUGUUUGGGAGUCACCAACUGUGCAAAGCUUUUUAACGUCAUUUAAAAAAAAAAAGAGUCUCAGAUUUUGUGAUGUAACAUAAAUUGUCAUUUUCUGAUAUGAAACAAUCAUGUCUUAUUCCCAGAGGGCAAUUAAACGAUUUAAAAACA